UCUCCUUGAUAUCCAUCUUCAGUGUCGGCCACACUCUGCUGCCUGCUCACCUUGCCGGCAGUCCACGUCCACGUCCACGUCCACGGAGGCCAGGUGUUCGCGUCGUCUUUGCUGGUCCUGGACUUUGGAGCGUGUCCCAGAGGUCACCAUGUUGAUGCUGGCUGGAAUAGUUGUUGUGCAUCUCACCGCCAUUAUCCUGCUCCUGGUGGCGGCCAUUGAUAAUGCCUGGUGGUUGACUGAGACCGUGUCGACUGACCUGUGGGGAAGGUGGGAGCUGGUCAACUCGGCCUGGCAUUACACCAAUCUGAAGGACUUUCCCGAGGAAUACCUCCAGGCGGUGCAGGCCACUUCAGUGCUGGCGUGCAUCUUCUCCAUCCUGGCCCUGCUGGUGUUUGUGGCCCAGCUCUUCACUCUGCCCAAAGGCCAGCGCUUCACCUACACAGGAGUCUUACAGCUGCUGGCCUGUCUUUGUAUAAUGAUAGCGGCCUCCAUCUACAGCGCAGAGUUCCACCAGGGCGAAGAGGGAGGAUUCGGACACUCCUACAUCUUGGCCUGGAUCUCCUUCGUCCUCACGCUGCUCCUCGCCAUCGCCUAUCUGGUCCUGCGGAAGAAGAGCGAGUAAGAGGGGCCGCGUCUCACGUUCCUUCUUACUUGGGACGUUCAACAAGUGUCCUCCAUGUUGGCGAACACGAGUGGGAACUUAUAUUUCCACGCAUAAUAAGCUUCACUUACACUUCUUAUUCAUUGAGUCUUCCCUCCUUUUAAGUUGCCGCUUUAGAGCUUAGCUAAAGUGGCUACUUUGACAACCAGCUAAUGAACAUUUUUAUAAAUCAAGUUAUAUUAUCAAGUUACAAUGACGUGGUGUCAUGUUAAGAAACAGUCAUAUGCUAGUUAGCUUAGCAUCAACGAAGCUAGCCACUAGUUAGCUUAGCAUCAACGAAGCUAGCCACUAGUUAGCUUAGCAUCAACGAAGCUAGCAGCUAGUUAGCUUUGUAUCAACAAAGCUAGCAGCUAGUUAGCUUAGCAUCAACAAAGCUAGCCACUAGUUAGCAUCAACAAACCUAGUUAGCUUAGCAUCAAUGAAGCUAGCAGCUAGUUAGCUUAGCAUCAGCCAAGCUAGCAGCUAGUUAGCUUAGCAUCAACAAAGCUAGUUAGCAAAUAGCAUCGAUAAAGCUAGCAGCUAGUUAGCUUAGCAUCAGCAAAGCUAGCAGCUAGUUAGCUUAGCAUCAAUGAAGCUAGCAGCUAGUUAGCUUAGCAUCAACAAAGCUAGCCACUAGUUAGCAUCAACAAACCUAGUUUGCUUAACAUCAACGAAGCUAGCAGCUAGUUAGCUUAGCAUCAAUGAAGCUAGCAGCUGGUUAGCAAAUAGCAUCAAUAAAGCUAGCACCUAGUUAGCUUAGCAUCAACGAAGCUAGUUAGCAAAUAGCAUCAAUAAAGCUAGCAGCUAGUUAGCGUAGCAUCAAUGAAGCUAGCAGCUAGUUAGCUUAGCAUCAACGGAGCUAGUUAGCUUAGCAUCAAUGAAGCUAGCAGCUAGUUAGCUUAGCAUCAUUGAAGCUAGCUGCUAGUUAGCUUAGCAUCAACAAAGCUAGUUAGCUUAGCAUCAAUGAAGCUAGCAGCCAGUUAGCUUAGCAUCAAUUAAGCUGGAAGCUAGUUAGCUUAAUAUCAACAAAGUAGCAGCUAGUUAGCUUAGCAUGGACAAAAUCUGGGAGAAGCGUUUGCUCGACAUUUGUCUUGCUUUUGGAAUUUAGAGUUUACAUAGAUUGAAUGUUUUGGGACGUCUUUUAAAUAAAUGUUACCGUUUCAAUGCUAAGCUAAUCCAAAAUGAAGCUUCAAAGUUACGCCAGUGUAGCGUCGGCCAUUUUGGAAAAAAGCCUCCAGUGAAAAGAAAUAAAAGCGCUUUUGUUAUCUUGAAUCUAACGUAACACUACAACUUCCUGUUUUUUUUCAUUCAAGUAUCUUUAUUCUAUGAAGUAUCGCCCUUGUAUCCAUGUACAUUGUUACCAUUUUAUUUUUGUAACUUUUUUUUUUUUUUUGAAUGAAUGAAUUGUGUUUGUAGUCGGCUGCUAUCCUAAACAAGUACUUAGUACAAGUGAAGCAGCAAUGUUUCAUUUGACCUUUUUCGAAACUAUGAAUUAGACGACUUGUAAUGACAUUGGAGUUGAAGCCAUAUGCUAUAUCAAUAAAACAACUUGGAACUAAGAA